CUACUAUUUUCUUGGUUCUAUCUCUAGUCUAAGUCUAUGAUGGUUGAGGAACAGCCUUCUGCUUUGUUCUUCAUUCACCAACUUUGUACUUUGGUAGAGUCAUCUAUGAUCUACCUCUCCUGUUGUCUAGUAUCUUCGAUGUGGGCUCGCUCUGCUCUGCCUAAACACCUCUCAGCCCAGUCCUUACACUUCGCUGAACCCAUAUCAGAUUCUAUCACACUUGGACAACAACACCAAUACAACUCAUAUCAUCCGACCCAAUCAUCCCUGUGGGUAUGACCCCCGAAGAAGCCAUUCAGGCCGUGGCCACCGACAAGAACCAAGUUCAUCAUCAGGUCGACGCCUUGGCCAACGACAUCACUCAGCUCCGCCAUGUUCAUCAAAUCGAGCUGCAGACCCUCCGACAGGAACAUCUCGGUGCUCAAGCUGUAGCUGGCCGAGCCCUCCGGCACCCUCCGGCACCCUCUUCCCAGUCUCGCCUGAAGACAAAGGAUCCCGAGACCUUCACGUGAUUGCCAGACAGGUCUGACGUCCGAGACUUUCUUGCAGCCUGCCGUACCCGUCACGUCAGCCCAUCCUACCGCCUGACAUCCUGAAUCGACAAGAUGUUGUGGGUCUCCAGUCUGCUAGGCGAAGCCGCUAGCCUUUGGCAACAGUCCAAGACAGACUCCCACCGUGGCGAGGUUGACCUUUGGUUCGAAUCAGCAAACGAGAGGCUUGCCUUCAGGUAGGCGACGAGCAGUCUGAGGCAACACAGAAGCUCGAACGUCUCUGUCAGGGUAUCAAGGCAGCAACGUAGCACAUUGCUGACAUCAACUUGAGCAUCGCUCCUCUGAACAUGUCUGAGGAGUCGAGGAUCUUGUCCUUGCGCCAUUAUAUCAACGAAAAGGUCAAGAAUGUCCUCGCUGAAUUUCCGGCAUCGACAAAGUCCAGUAUCGCCGCCGACAACGGUUUCUUGGAGAGCGUAUGCGCGCUCGGUCAGGCACCACGCUUUUACGAGAAACCGUCAUGUGCGUCCCGCUCCAUAUCACUCAUUCGCCCACGUUCGACUGCCAGCACUCCUCUCACGACGACGUUCCCACAGCCAAUGCAGAUGGACGCUGUGGCACCCAGCAAGGAUCAUGCGGCCGCUCGCCAGUACAGGAUUGACGACCGAAUCUAUCUCCAUUGUGGUGAGCCCGGACACCAACUCAAAGAAUGCCGACAGAGGCCAGCAGGUCCAAAAGUGCUAGGCGAUAGGAAAUAGGCAAUCGUGUCCGCUCAGCUUUCCGCCUGUUCUCUGCCUCAGCCCUAUCGCUCUGUCUUGGUCGCUCUCUGCUGCUCAUCGUGUGCUUACUGUCGUCUUUUCCAUUGGCGAUCAACUUGGCGAAUCGUUUGCUUUGGUCGACAGUGG